GUAAAGCGGGGCGCCAGGGAGGCGUGCGGCGCUUGGCCUGGAAGGCGGGCGGUUCUGUGCUGUCCGGACGCACCGCCUUUGCAGAGCGGUUCUUCUUUCCGUUCGGCCUUCGGUGCCGCUCUGAGCUCCUCACCGGGCCGAGCCUGCAGCGCUGCCCCGGCGGCUCCCGGGCCUGCGGCUGGGCAGUCCGCGCUGUGGGGCAGCGCUGCUGGGGAGCUCGAACCGUUCCUGCCAGUGCUGGAAAGAGCCGUUUGUUUCUGAUCUUUUAAAUAGUUAAUGCUGCCGAUGUGCCGCCCUUCAAAAUGUUUCAUUGACUGGAGCCCGAGUAUUCACACACAGCAUUAAUUCACAGCUGUAAGUUUUCUUUAAAUUAUACCAUCCGUAGUAUAAUUAGAAGGGAAGGCAGCUGAAGCACUCAGAAGAAGGGCUGAGCUGUAGACCCAAAGCACAAAACUGGCCAGUGGUACCUGAAAUGUCUGUCAGGCCUCUGUGUUGGGCAGCAGACCUUGUGUGUUCUUUCCUUCUUGGGGGAGCCAUUAGUCAAAAGGCAUCUCUUGUAAGCACACUCUGAUUGUUGGCCCAGGAGCCUCUUUGUUAAACAGUUGAAGUGUAACUGAGAUCUUAGUGUUUUUGUUGGGCUAGCAAUGGAAAGAGGGAAUGUUCGAGGGCUGCUGUUCCUUGAGUGUAUCUGAACUCUGGUGUGUGUUUUCCUGCUCUGAGGAGCUCCUCUGAAGGAGAAACGAUUCUGUGCAAGAGUAGAGAGGUCUGGUUUUGCCUUCUUGUCAAUUCCAGGGUUUGUCUUAAAUCUUUCGCCUCCCCUGCACACGUGCUAAUGGUUUGUGGGAAGGCCUUACAGCCCUUUACGUGAAAGGCGACGCGCAGCCUGAAGCAAAGACUUUCUGCAUAUCAGCAGGAAAAGGAGAACUUGUGAUCUGUGUGGAAUUAGUUCAUGUUAGCAGAACUGGCAUUAAAAAUUUGCUGCAAGCAUCUUCUCUUGAAAGGAUUUCUGAAAUUCUAAUCGUUUUCUAAAUUCAAGUUCUAUGCAGGCACAAAUUAGUAUAAUCCUUAAGUAAUUUGGCAAAACUAUUAAUGGAAGAGUAUGCAGCUCAUUGUGAUGCUUUGAAACUGCUUUCCUCUUGAGACUGAUAACCUGUGGUAUGAUCCAUUGUCUGCUGAGUUAGGUGCCUUCCCUGCCUGCUCUCUUACUUUGUUUUGGAGUUGCCCAUUGCCAUAUUCAUAGACAAUUUUGCUUCACUUGUUCUAAUUGAUCUUGGAGAUUUGUUCAUAAUUACAUCUUUUAAUUUGCAUGGAUAACACUAUAGGAGAGGAUGAUCAGAUGAAUUGAAAGGCUGAUUUUUGAGGCAAAACCCAGAACAGCUCUUUUGAAAUCAUUAGUUAAAAUUAGUUAAAGAGGUAUGUACUGAGGAAGAGAAGCCACCAGACCGUUUGACUGACUUCUAAGACGAGGGGUUUGUUGUGAUGGAUUUGCAUGUGGAUGAGGGUGAGGCUCCAUCACACUGAUUUCUUUGCUUCUACUUAAAGAUCGGGGAGAAAAUCCUAUAUAUUGUGUGGAUGUGUACUGGGGCAGGGCAAAGUAAAGUAGGGAGAAAUAGCAGUGGAAGAACAGGGGAUGGCCAUGACUAUUCUAAACCUUCAGACCUUGUAAACUUACAUUUACUCAUACCAGAAAAUGAUGUGUUUGGAUGUAUGCCUGUGAGUCUGUGGUGUGUACCCCAGUAUUGCUCAGAACUGCCCCAUGCUGAUGUAGAGCCUUGGGGCACUGCAAAAAUGUUUGGGGCUUUGGCUGAAAAGUUGUAAGAUGCAGGACCAGUGUCUUUGUCCCAUCAGGCACACUGGUCUGUAGAAAUGAAGGUAACAGGAAAGCUUGUUGGAGUAAGAAGGAACUGUUAAAGGUAUGUGGUAGAAAAAUAUUACUUUCUAUUGUGCUCAUCCUUAAAAAUAAAAGAGGAGCUGAAGAUUUCUAGCCAGUAUUUUGGGAGACUGGAAGCUCAAUCUGUAAUGCUCCAGGGACUUGCUAGGCGUGAGAUAAGAGCAGACCCUUAUCCCCUGGCUGGGCUCCUCCACUCCAGCUCUUUCUCCCUGGGGUCUGUGUCUUGUCUCACUGGUUAUCUCACUGUCUUCCUUUCCUUACCUGCUUCUUUUUGGUAGGCUUUGUCUUCUCGUUACUGGACAUCUCAUAAUUCCUUUUCUCUUCCCCCUCCCUCCUUCUAGAAAUACUAGGUUAAUUGGCUCUAGUGUUUGCAGGUUAUCUGCCUUGGUGAUGGAAUGAUUGUAUCCCUGACUCUAACUUUGUCAGUAGUAAUGACAUAGUAACUAGACUGGAAACGAUGGUAAUUUUGUGGCAACUUGCAUUAGCAAAUGUUGCUUUCUGGUGAUAUGCCACCUGCAAUUUACCCUCUAUAAACCCUAUAUGACUCUGGUGGACUGCCUGUGUCAGUAUUGUUAUUGUUAUGAUACCAUGGGAUGUCUCAGACCUGUUGUUUGAGACACCCAGCCUCUCCUACAUCACUUGUUAACUGCAGUUUGAGUCAGGUAAUUGUUGACCUGGGCUGUAGCCUUCCUGAAAGCGAGAGGAAGACCCCAAGCUUGGAGAUGUGCUCGUGUUGUUUGCUUCCACCUCAUCUUCACCUUUUCUGAUGACAUCCAGAUGUCACCAGGAGCUUGGCUGUGACGGUUCUGUGUUCUGCUCUCUGUUGUAACCAGAAGAAAUACUGGGGGGAAGGUCAAUCACGGCUGCUUGCCUAGCAGUUAUCUUGAGAACUAACCCUUUUGGAGUCGGUAGGUCUGCAUUUUAUCUGUCCUGGAGGACAGUGCUCCUGCAAACUGAUGUGUAUUGAAGUGGAAGCAGGAGGUCGGUGGGUCGGGAGCUGCUUAGUUGUAUGCAUUAAAGAGCUCUUCUGUAGAAGCUGGGAUACUGUAGGCAAACAAAGACAGGAGUGCUAAAGAGAGUGAGCUGUGGUGAUGUUCUGGUGUCUUGGAAGGAAAGUUAGAAAUGCGGUUCUGUCUGGGACAUCUGCUUUGUGAAAAACAAAACUUACUUAGCAAAAUGUGAGACUGCUAAUACUGACCUUCUGUUGCAGUUCUUUAUUCCCAGAAAGCCAGGCUGCUGAAGACAGUGUGACAGUCAUAGUUAUUUGUUGUCUCACUUCUCCUUUUUAGUAACUGCGUUCUUAAAAAAAACAAAAACACAAAAAAAUAAACUCAAAGGAUUUUUGUUCUCCUGAAAAAUACCGCCCUUAUUUCUGCAUCCACGUAGUAGCAGACUGUGGCAAAUUGUCAGUUCUUACUCUGAAUUUUUUCUUAGUGUAAUACGAGUUCUCCUUUUUGCAGUUUUGAAACACCCACUGCUGUCAGUGUUUGCCUUUUGUUUGGAAAAAUAAGAGGGAGACAAAUCAUCCUAGCACCAAAUGGAUAUGGGGGGCAUGUAGCUUAGUAACAGGCCUGUAAAUCUAGAUGUCCCAGAACUUGGUCACACGCUGGCUAUUCAAUAUUUUCAUUAUAAAUGGGUCUAUAUGGAGAUCCUCAAAUACUCUGCAUUAGCACUCAAAUGGGUGGUCCAGAAAUGCUAAGGAUCUGAUACACAACGCAUACUGCUUCCAGCAUGGCUGCCUGUACCUGGAGUUAGGGACUCUAUUUAUUGUGAGAUACAAGGACAGACACCCACACACCUUACCAGGUUUCUGAAAUAAACAGCGAGUGAGUGAAAUCAAGGAUAGGUGAAAAUUCAUGUACAAAGCAUGUUGGUUGAAGCUGCCACCAGGCUGGCAAAGGGGAGCUGAUGCUCUGUGUUAUAACUGGUAAUGUAAGUCAGAGGGCUCAGAGGGUUUGCUUAGAUGCUCUUGCUGCAGUUAGCAUCUGCACACUGCGUAAAGAACUGGUGCUGUGAGCUGUGAUGGGGAACUUGUUAGAGAGAGCUGAGGUCUCUGCAGGUGACUUUGUGUAUCUUCUGCUUUAAAAAUGGCAGUCAGAGUCUUAAAAAUCCAAGUACAUGCUCUUAAAAUACUUUCAAGUUUCUGUUUGCUUUUAAGCCUUUCCGCUUUGUACAAUGCCUUGUACAUAACUUGGUGUUUAUUCCCGUAUUUACAUGGCCGGCUACUCCUGCAGUUCCUGCACACCUUCAUGAAGCGAGUGAUUCGGUCGGCUGGCAGACUUCACCGAGAUGGGUGGCAGAGCCUCUUGUGAUCAUCUGAUACCACAGGUGAUGUCAGGAGGCAGUCUGGCUCCUGCCCCAGGCUGCUGGGUGCUGUUGGGCACCUGCGUGGUGCUGUUGGCUGAUCUGUGCUGUGCUGGAGGUGGUACACCACUAACCAGAGCUGCUAUGAGGGCUUUCUGGUUUUGCAGGAUUAGCGUAGCUUUCUGAAUUGCUGGGAGCAGUGAGAAAUAUGGAGUUAUGCACUUGUUACAUCAGUUUUAAGCAUAACUAAUUAGUACAGAAAUCACUGACAAUCCACUUUAAUCCUGUUCUGCUGUACAGAAGCAAUGGAAGUACCUCCAUUGCUUCUGGGUGAAAUCUACCAGUCGAACUCAGAGCACAGCAAAAUCCACACACACCUGGCUCAGUCUGUAGACUGAGGCUGUUUUUCUGAGUCACUCUGGUUUGGCUGUGGGAUAGUUGCAGAUUUCUGUAGUUUAUGGUGAUGCCUGAGACAAAUUAAGGUACGUGUUUGCAGCACAGCAGUUGUCAGAUGCUCAGAGCCCAGUGUGUCUGUGUCAGACAUCUGAGAAUCAUGGUUUCUGCAGGUUCUCUGAUCGGCAUGCUUGCUGAAGUGGUGCGAAGCGGUUGUGUCUCAGCAUAGAGUAGCUCUGCCCCUGGCAUGCACUGCUUUUAUUGUGAAUAGCAUAUACUGAAGUGCUGGAGAUCUGUCAUGCUGUGCAAAAGUUACAGUGAACCCUGGAAAAGUGAUGAAGGAAUUGAUUAUACAUCUUGCAUGUGAAGCGGAGAGGGGAAAGGCUGACAGCUGUAACGAGAUGGAGAUGAGCUGCAUGGUGACUGAGUCUUUGUUUCAUGAAACUGGUGGAUUCAAACACACCCAGGGUCUGAGUGUUGAAGUGUGUACUGGAUAAAAAAUGGCUUGGAAUCCAGCCUGGUUCUGGGUUCAGCUUUACUGAAAUUGAUGGUGUCAUCUAGAAUGGCUGCAUCCUCUGACUGUCGUAUUUCCCCUCUGUUGUUUCACUCGUAGCUUAAACAAACUUCUCAAAGCAAGCACUUCUGCUCUGUCAAUUAGUUCAUUAACUUAUUUAUAUUACAGAACCACCAGAAGGCACAUUAGUUAGCUAACCAGACUUGGGUUUGUCCUGUGAAAAUACAAUCAUCCUAACAAAUCUUUCUAGCCACCUAAUAAAUUAGGAUGAAGCACAUAUUGGGAAAAGAUUUAAAGCUUCUUGAUGGGGCUGAGUGUAAAAAAACAAUGCAAAACAAUGAGUAUGUAAGGUAUUGUGUGGUUAGAGAAUGCAAAAUAGAGGGAGGGAUUCAGGCAUGAUGCGUGUGUGCUGAAAAAGCUGUUUAAACAAUGUGCUUUUUGUGAGCAGAAGUCAGGGUGCUCAGGGAAAGGCUUUGCCCCGGGGGGGUGGGCACCCCCCCUGGGUGCUGGAGAUCAUGGGAUGCCACUUUCAGCCAUAGCACUUGAGUGGUGCUGUGUGGGGCUGGGGCCUGGGCUCAGUGAUCCUGUGAUGCCCUCCAGCUCAGGACAUUCUGUGGCUGUGUGAUAUCAUAGAAUCCUUUGAGUUGGAAGGGACCUUUAAAGGCCAUCCGAUCCACCUGCCUGCAAUGAACAGGGACACGCACAGCUCCAUCAGUGUUCCAUGUGGAUCCCAGAGGGCCUGCAGGCGGCUGUGAAAUGGAAUGACUGCCUGCAUAGCCAGAACGAUGUUGGCAGACGGCCGCCAGCGGCAUGGUGCCAUGUGCUGAGGGGCGGCCGCGGGGCUGUGGCACGGCGAGGAGGCUGCUCUGAAUGAAGCCAGGCUCCCUGCACCAUGGGCCAGUGCGUCACCAAGUGCAAGAAUCCUUCAUCUACCCUCGGCAGCAAAAACGGGGAAAGGGAAGCGGGCAGCAAGUCACAUGGCAAGAGGAGUACUGUCCACAAAGAUGAGCACGCUUCGGCGUGUGGGAAGUCCUCGGGAGAUGUACUUGUGAACGGGACAAAGAAAGCGGAUGCUGCUCUGGAGUCCGGUCCACCUUCAGCGUUUUCUGGGGAUACAAAGAAAGACUCCGUCUCCAGCUCGGAAGAAUCGUCCCUUCAAAGGAUUGGAGAGUUAUUUAGGAGAUACAAGGAUGAACGGGAAGAUGCCAUACUGGAGGAAGGAAUGGAACGAUUUUGCAAUGACCUCUGUGUUGAUCCCACUGAAUUUAAAGUGCUAGUUCUGGCUUGGAAAUUCCAGGCUGCUACUAUGUGCAAAUUUACAAGGAAGGAGUUUUUUGAAGGCUGUAAAGCAAUAAACGCAGACAGCAUCGAUGGCAUUUGUGCACGGUUCCCCAGUCUCUUACACGAAGCCAAGCAGGAAGAUAAAUUCAAGGAUCUCUACCGCUUCACCUUUCAGUUCGGCCUGGAUUCUGAGGAGGGACAGAGGUCGCUGCAUCGGGAAAUAGCCAUUGCCCUUUGGAAAUUAGUCUUCACCCAGAACAAACCCCCCAUUUUGGACCAGUGGUUGCACUUCCUAGUUGAGAACCCCUCAGGAAUCAAGGGAAUCUCCCGGGACACAUGGAACAUGUUUCUAAAUUUUACUCAGGUGAUCGGACCAGACCUUAGCAACUACAGUGAAGACGAGGCCUGGCCGAGUCUCUUCGAUACCUUUGUGGAGUGGGAAAUGGAGCGGAGGAAAAAGGAGGAGGAAACCAAAUGUAUUACAUCUUCGGACACAGAGGGUCUGUGUACAGAAGAACAGACUUAACAGCAUUUAAGCGGCAGUGAUGAAAGCAACCUGUUGCCCUUCAUGAGAUGUAAACUCUGGAUGUUUCUGGAGGUUACCAAGGCUCCAGAUUUUUUUUCUACUUUACACCUUUUUCUGCCUUGUAUUCGAAAGGGCUCUAAAAUGCUGUAUCAUGUUUUAGGCACUUUCUUAACUUUGGUUAUUCCUUUUACUCUUACCCUGAAAUAUUUGACCCUGGCUACAAGUUAAGCAUUUUUGUUAAGACUUCAGAUUAGUAUAAGUAAGUCUGAUAUUUCUUGCACAAUGUAGAUCUUUUUAGUUAGGUUAAAUUAACAUUGCUAAAUUAUACAGUGCCAGAUAAAGUUUUUCAUACUAUGUCUGUCAGGGCAGGUCUGUACUGUGUGUAGUGCUGUUUACAUUGUUGAAAAUUUAGGCUAUAAUAAUUUUAAGGUUUUAUACCAAGAAUAUAGCAGUGUUAACUUGAAAUGCAUUAAUCCCCUCCUAAUAAGGCUCUUAAAAAACAACAACAAAUCCAACAACAUAAGCAACAGCUUUUUGUAAUACGGCUUAUUACCACUUGAAGUUAACUCCUCGUGACCGAGUCCAAAUCAUUCCUUUUUGUUUUCAGUUUCAAACUAAAUGUUGGGACUGUUUUUAUAAAGUUACUGUACCUGUCAGUCAACUGAGUGGUAGAUGAGGAUUUAUAUAGAAAUCUCUGACACAACACGUAAUAAAAGAGCAGUGCUACCUCAGUUUUAUUGAAAGUGGACUUCUUGGUGGACUUCCAUUUUCUUUGGAAGUUUAUUUUUUGUGGAUACAGGAGAAUAUUUUUUACUUGACUAAAAGAACCAAAGGUUCUGCUUCUUAAGUUUCUUAAACAUUGACAGAAGCAACACACAAAACCUAAGUCUUCAAGGAAAACUGCGGUAUAAUUCUGCUUUAAUUUGUUUGAUUUAUACCUGAAGCAUUAUCUUACUUGUCUGGCAAGCACAGUACUUCUAUGUGAGGAACCAAUUUUUUUUAAAGCUAUGCUUAAUUGCUAAAUUGCAGUUAAUACUCCACACUUUCUGGAGCAACAAUAUCGGCAUCUGAUGACAAAGUGAAUUCGUAAUGUGUUCUUAAUGACAACAGUGUAGACGAGUCAUUUUUAGACUGAUUUGAUAAUAUUUGGAUAGGAGUAAAUUUAUUAUUUUACAAUGCCUGUAUUGGGACUAUUUGCCUGUUGAAAUUGUUGUGACUUAAAGGGAAUUUUAUUAACACUGGUUGAAGCUUUUUUUGGUUAUUGAUGUUACCUU